AUAGAAGGAUUUUUUUACUUUUCCCCUUUUCAUUGGGGUAUUAUUGCAGCGUGGGAAUGACACUAUGUGCACCGCGCUUACGCAACAGUGAGCGUCACUCGGCAGAGAGUUUGCGGGGCAAGGGCGAAAUUAAAGCGAGCAUUUUUGAAUUCCAUUUUUAUUAAUCCCACUGAUUUUCUGAAGGGAUUAUCGGACCGAGCAUGAUAGAGGCAUCGUUGGCUCGCCAGGCACCGUUCGGAUCGGGAGCUACAGACAGUAAAUGCAAAGCAACCUUGAAUCCAGAGAUGCGCUCAAAAAUAUUAGGUGUAAUUUUUCCUUUUUUUCUUUCAUUUUGAUCCGCUCAGGAUAUAUUGAUGUGUCUUACACUUUUAUUUUCUUACACAUGUUAAAACAUGAGAGUGAGAAUGUGCGUUGAAAUGUUGGCGCACGUUUUGUUGCGAUAGACUUUAAUUUGUGAUGUUGCGCAAGAAUAUAACUUCCUCAGGUUGAUUUUAGAUGAUUGAACUGAAUUUGCGUUUUAACAACUCACUUUUCCACUAAAUACCAAGAAAAUUUAAGAGCGUAACCCUUUUUUGUGCAUCAGCCACCCAAUGGAGGAGGAGAAAUCUGAAGGUGAUGUUCUUCCUAAAUCUACUUGCCCUGUACCCACUCGCCUUCCCAUCAACUGGGAACUCAUCACAGGCCCUGUUCCAGAGCCUGUUUUCCCAGCAUCUUCUUUGAAGACCUCACUGCCUCCUCCGCAGAGCUCAGCCUCACAUGCGCUACAGACCAAAGUGAAGUCGUUGACUCAGAGAAGAACAAGAGGCAGGGAGAGGGAGAAGGACAGAGAGAAGUUGGAUACAGGUGAAGUGCGCAUGAGUGAUCCACCUGGGCAGAUUUCAUCUGAAGUGCUUCUCAGGCAGAGGCAGAGAGCCAAAGGCCAGCUGUUCAUGCCACCCCCCUCCUGGCGAUCAGGUACUGCAAAAGACUUGAGCAGCAACGAUGAAGAUGAUGAGGUAGAGGUUCAGGUCAGAUUGGAGAUUCACAGUCCUCCUGUAGACCUACCAACAGAGCACGAGACAGAAGAAGGUGAAGACAAGAAGUCAGAACAAAAGGGCCAGGUCAGCUCUUGUGGGUUUGGAGAGGGCACCAGUCUGGAAAGUCUUCUCUCAGAUAACUCGAGUAGUAGCAAGGAUGAUCCAUCACCUCCUUCUCAUCUGCCUGUCAUCUCCUCCUCUAGUUCUACCACGUCUGCUUCCACCUCAUCCUCUUCUUCAGCAAGACACUGGGCACCUCCAAAGGGCUUCUGGAGAGUAGCGCGCCCAGAAACGUUGCUUCUAAAUGGGGUUGGCCCUCACAACAUACCCCCAACUUUACCUUUAAAGGACUACACGCAGAUGGAGCCAUCAGUGGAACCUCAGUGCAGAUCCAAACCUGAUGCAGUCAACAGGAAUGAGGUAGAAAGUGUGGCUGAGGACACUGAAGCACCCUCAGCGUUCAAGCAUUCGGAUAGUGUGGAAUUUUACCUGGACAGAUGUGAGCAAAGUGAAGCAGAUGUGACUGAUUCAGCCAAAGGGCUGUGCAGUUCGGACAGCUGGGAAAGCAUGUCUUCUCAAAGUGGGUUGCUGCGUGCCGAUCUGAAGCUUAGGGUGAAGGAGAGGGUCUAUGCAAAGCUGAGGGAAAGACAACAAAACUGCAGAGAGGUGCGAGAUCGCCGUGGAGGAGAAAGUGUCGACUAUUAUGGGGACAUAACAUACAGAGUAGAUUAUAAAGUAUCAGGGGACAAUGAUGUUCUAGAAAGCACAGACACCGCACGUCUUGCUCAGGAACUUGAACCAUAUUUGAGGUCGCUUCUCGUAAUAAGUGAUGAGCUACCUUUAAGCCCAAGGCAUGAGCAAGCCAAGCGUCUUCUGGAGCGAGCCCGGCUCAAGGCUCGCUCCCACCACUUCAAAGACGACCACCCCAGACGCUCUCAGUCUGAUCAGAGAUCCAGCGUGAAACAUCAGCACGCUGAAGCUCCCAAUCACACAACAGUGCAGGGAACUGUUCAAACCAAAGACGAUCCUCCAUCUCAAGCCUCGUCUGGUCCUCUUCUGGUUCCCACACAAAGGGACACUUCUCCGGGUGAACAAGCAGGUCGACCAAAACGGUAUGGCUGUUCCCCCACACGUGUGCGCUUUGAGGACGAAUCUGAGAAAGAAGCUGAGUCCCGCUAUUUGGACAGAGUGAGACAGCGUGGCAGACUUGGAAUGCCCAAGUCCAGGGUAAAAGAGAGUAAUACAGACUCCAGCAGUAGUGGCUCAGAGAAGAGCAGAGGACACAGGAGUAUCUCUUUGUCACAUUCCCAGAAGCAAGAAGAUCUUUUGACAAAUGAUGAAAAAACUGUUAUUAAAGAAAUAAUAGUACUGGUGAAGAAAUGUGAGGCAUGUGGCUCUGUGGUCAGGGAACCUCAGCCAGUCUCUGGACGAUCAGACCUGCAGAACAAUGAGCCACAGCAGACCUCUGUCUCUGAGGACCCACGGGCGAAAUCAACUCCUGUCUGCAUGUCGUCAAACAAAACAGAUGCAAACACUCGCCCUAAGGCUCCACUCACUGUCACGUUUGCUGGAGCUUAUGUGCUGGGAGAAAAUAAAGAAAGAAGUACAGGGUGGAAGUCUUCUGGCUUUGGAAAACUCAGAAGACGAAGCAGAAAGGGAGAAAAUCGCUUGGAGUCGGGCCAUGGUCCUUAUGGCCCAUCUUGGGCUCAGCGCCGAAACUCUAAUCCACGGAAUAGGGUCAAUUUGAGCAGAGAAGUUUCAUUUGCUCCUGGAAGCCCCGUUGCCUUAGAGCCACAUUUACUGGAGGCAUCUGGUGAAUUUAGACAUUCGCCCGCCCCAUCACUGCCCAUAAAGUCAGCCCUGAAGUCAAGCUCGAGAAAUCGCACAACUGCGGCUCAGUCCACAGUUCAGUUCCAGGAGUCCCCAAUUCAGGGAGGAGAAGGCGGAUCCCAGUCCCCCGAUUCCCCAGAGGCAAGAAGGGAAUCUCCUGUGUCUUCAAACCAAGGGUCACCAGCAGCAAGCAGCCCAGUACCAUGUAUCAGGCCUUCCACUCUUAGAUACUCCCCAGCCAGAAUCCUCUCAGAUCUGCCAUCUGCUGAGCUCUGGGAUACCACCUCAGAUGGAGUAGCAGGUUUAAGUGGAGAGCUUGGUCCUGGUUCAGAUUUUCGAGCUCUGCGAGGCAUGGGUAUGUCUCGGGCUGAGGACCUUAGAGCUGAGCUGCUGAGAGCUGAACAUCUGAAAGCUGAGGCUUUGUGGGAAGAAAGCUCUGAUGGCUCCAGGAAAUUUGAUGGACGACCAAAGCUUUUCCUGCGUCGCUUCUUUUCCUCUAUCGGACUGAACAGUGUUGGUAGACUUGUGAAAGGAAGUCGUUCCAGUAGCAUGGAACAGCUCAGUCUCCCCAACGUCCCACGGGCAAGCUCAGCCUCACCGAGCCCAACACGGAGACCACAGCCUGCUAUUCGUAUACAGAGGACACCCUCACUGCAGACCCUGCAUACAGUGCUCCCACUGGCCCAGCUGCGUAAAGCCUCCUCUGUGCAAAGUUUAGAGAGAAGAACUGAGCGCUCAACGAUACUGGGAGAGGUCCAGAUACCAUAUGGCUUGGCACCCAGCCCUGAUACCCCCCAGAUAGAGAUUCACAGAGCCCUAAGCGUUGAAGAUGUAGUUGUCGCCAGAAUGGUUCAUCCAAUGGGGCGGGUCACCCAGGCUUUCCCUGAUGGGACUAUCCUGCUGGAGCUCAUCAAGCCCCCAAGUGGCCCAUUUGGUUUUGUUAUUUCAAGGGGAAAAGGUCGACCAGAUACAGGUGUAUACGUUGAGAAAGUCGGUGACGGCGGUGUGGAGGGCCUGCUGGGAGUUGGCGAUGAAAUUCUGCAGGUUAAUGGGGAGGUGGUGGCAGGACUCAGUAUGGACCAGGUGACACGCCUCAUGACACGGGAAAGCACUGCCACCCUACGGAUAUUGCCUGCCCGACGCAAUCAGCGCUGAAUGGGCAGGCAUGGCACACAACUUGUUCUCUCUGGAAACACAGCUAGCCACUAACCAUGCACUGCGAGCUGACUGGAACAGAUUGUAUAUGUGACACAAUGCCGUUUGACGUAAUUCUAUAUGAUUAGCCAACAUAGAUUUUAUUUAUUUUAGAGCAAACAAUCCAGCUGCACAGAGAGCUAAAAAUUUGUAAUAACUAUGUAUUGUGAUAUAGGGUUGAAUCUCAAACAUAGCACUUUUUAUGACUGUAUUUCAAUAAAUACAUUUAAUUCAGUUCAGUUUUUUAUGUAGCACAAAUGUACAACAAAUGCCAUCUCAAGGUACUUUACGAGACAAGCAUUUCAAUGUAUAUACAGAAAUAUAUGAUUAAAUAAAUCCAGUCACAUAGGCACAUUAAGAUUAAAUUGCAUGCAUUCCAGUUUGACCCUAUUUAUAAUACCUACUGGAAAACAUUUUUCCAUCUCAGGAAGUGAUGACAAUUGCAUGGAGAAAUUGACUUUGCAGCCAUCCUCCUUCGAAAGUAAGCAUGUAAUGAGUCAACAUAACUAAAUUGAAAUGAACUGGUAUUCAUUACAUUGAAUUGAAUACAUAGACACAUUCUCUUUUAAAAGUAUUCAUACCCCUUGACUAUUUUCAUGUUUUGUAACAUUGCAACCACAAACUACAAUGUAUGCACUGGGAUUAUAUAAGAGAAAAGCAGCAGAAACAAGGAAUGCUGUUGGGAUGGAAAAUAUUAGAUGGUUUAAUUUUUUUUAUUACAAAUAAAAAUCUGAAAAGUGUGGUGUACACUUAUUUCCAGCCUCUAUCAAGUCAAUAUGUUGUAGAACAAUUUUUUACUUUAAUCCAGCUGCAAGUUUCUACCAGUUUUUACUUAAACUUUAGCCCAGUUUUUUUUUUGCAAAAUAAUUCCAGCUUGGUUGGAGAGCUUCUGUAAACAUACAUUUUCAUUUGCCACAGAUUCUCAGUUAAAUUUAGUCAUGGACAUUUACUUGGCUAUUGUAACAGUUUAACAUGCUUUGAUCUAAAUCAUUCUAUGUUUUAGAAUUCUUUAUCCGGCUGCUUUGGGUCACUCCACCCUGGUCUGGUGAAGCUCCACUACACUCUUAAAUCAUUUGCAGCCUCUUCUAACUCUGACCAAUAUCGCUGUACCUGUUUGACAUAUGACAUUUUGCAUUGGUUAAAAGUUCAGUUUUGGUUUCACCUGACCUUUCUCCAAAUGUUUGCUGUGUCCCUGACAUGGCUUGUGAACCUUAAAUUGGACUUCUUGCAGCUUUCUUUCAACAGUGGAUUUGUGAUUUAUUAUUAUAAUUACUUUAUUUAACCAGGAAAUAUUUAAAAUCUCAUUUUACAAGGGUGACCCUGUUAUUUCCACUCUUCUAUAAAGACCAGAUUUGUGAACUGCAAGACUAAUUGUUGUCCUGUUGGCAGAUUCUCCCACCUGAGCUGUGGAACUCUGCUGCUCCUCUGGAGUAACCCUGUACUGGCUGCCUCUCUGAUUAAUGCUCUCCAAGUCAUUGUAUUAAAUAUAAGUCCUUAAACACAGGUGGACUUCAUUUACGAUUUAGGUGACUUCUGAGGCACUGAAUUUUAUUAAGGGGUAUCAGAGUAAAGGGCGCUGAAGACACAUAGGUUUCUUAUUUGUAAAAAAAACAUAUUGCACAAUUUUCCUUCCACUAAUUCCCAAUACAAUACAUUUAAGUUUGUGGUAGAAAUAGGAAAAACGGGAAAAAGUUAAACGUGGAUGACUUUUAUUUAAAAAAGGGUCGGUUUGAUCAUAACAUCAGUGGAAUCAAUUUUUCUUUUUACAUGUUGUAAAACAAUGUUUGGUCACAUUUGUCACAUUUAUUGUCUGGUCCAAAGGCAACAUUAAAAAGUCAAUAAAUAUA